AUGCAGGGCGGAUACAGUACGUUCCAGUUUCGGCACGAGAGCACGCAGUCCCCACACCGCGCCAAUCAAUCCCAACCGCCAGCGCGACGCGGAUCUCGCGUUUUCACCCUCUCGCCACUCUCCAGCCUCAGCUCCACCGACACGAGGACCGUCCAGAAGAACUCCAAUUCAACCCAGGGACGGGACUACCCAGCAAUCAUAUCUGUUACCACUGGUUCCAAAUCAGGACUAUCCCAUCAUCGAGCCGACCGCACCAAGACAAAGAAAAAGCAAGCUACGCCCAACAUGCCGCCGCGCAAAUCUACGUCCUCGGUGAUGCCCGCGGACCCAGAAGAAGCAUCGUUACUGUCACCUGUGGCACCGACUCCUGACAAGCCCAUUACUGCGACGGAGCAGCAGAUCAAGGCGCGAGCUGAGUUGGGUGUUAGUGUCGAUGAUUACCUCCUCCCUCGCUCGUUAACCAUUCGUCUUGCCAAAUCCGUUCUCCCACCCAAUACUACAAUCCAGAAGGAUGCUGUCCUGGCUAUUCAGAAAGCGGCUACGGUAUUCGUUUCGUAUCUAUCCUCACAUGCCAACGAUGCAACCCUCAAACGAACCCUCGCCCCCGCAGAUGUCUUCGCCGCCCUCUCAGAAAUAGAGUUUGAUUCCUUCCGUGGCCGUCUGGAGCAGGAGCUUGAAGCUUUCACGGAGAUCAAGGCUGGCAAGCGGAAGGUGAAGAAGUCUGAUGCGAACAGUGCGACUGGUGCUGCUGAUGUGGCUGCAGCUGCAGACGAGGAUGUCGAGAUGGCGGACAACCCGGCUAAGAGGGUGAAGCGUGAUGGGGAGAAUGCGGUGCAGGAGGGUGGGGAUGGAGAUGAGACGCAAGAGGAGGAGUUGGAAGAGGAAGAGGAGGUCCACCACGAUGAGGAUGAAGAGGAGGAGGAAGAUGAGGAGGAGACACAGGAGAGGGUUGAUGAGGAUAUUGAUCGGGUGGAGGACUUGGAUGGGACUGUUAGACCUACCGAUCCGGAUGCUGAGGAUACAGAUGAUGAUGAUGGACCAGCUAGUCAGUUGCGUGAUGAUCUUGGACUUGGCUAA